AUGUCAAGAAAAUUGAAGAGAACCAACCUUUUCGCGAAGGAUGUGAGUUCAUUGCUCUAUGCCUAUGGUGAUGUUUCUCAGCCCUUACCGGAGACUGUACAGUGUUUAGAUGAAUUGGUAUCAGGAUACUUGGUUGAUGUAUGCUCAUCUGCAUUUAGAGCUGCUCAAAAUUGUCAAAGAAAUAAACUCAAGUUGGAAGACUUUAGGUUUGCGGUACGACGUGAUCCUAUUAAAUUAGGUAGAGCUGAAGAUCUAGUUGCUACUAAUAAAUUAAUUACUGAGGCAAAGAAACAGUUUAAUGGUUCUGAUAGUAGUUCAUUAAAGAGAUUUAAAGACGGAGAGGGAAAUGAUUUAGAAGGUGAAGGUGAAGAUGAGGAUUAUGAAGAUUAUGACGAUGAGGCGGAUGAAGAUGCCGCUGGUGGUGGUAACACGCAUUUGGACGAUGAUGAUAAGCACAUGGAUUCAGAAAUUCACCAUAAAUCUAAGGGCAACAUUGAUAAUUCUUUUGAAGAUGAUAAUGAAUUGCAUCAGGUGAAAAGUGAGAAGAAAUCAAAAUCAUCAACUCGUGGCGGCAAACAAGGUAGCAGAGGCGGUAGUAAGACAAGAGGUAAAAGACAAAAAAGAGGCACAAGUGGCACGUAA